CUCCACAGCCUUUCCAGGGUCUCCUGCCCCACCUCCCUCCCUCUAUGCCCAAACUUAACAUUUCCAGUGGAAUUAGCAAAUUAAUUGCAGCUUUGGGAAGUGGAAAUGCCUCCUGGCGCUUCUCUGCACUUUGUUCUACUCGGGGUUUGGCUUUCAGCCUUUCUCCGCCUCCUGUGUAUCAGGAAGGAUGUGAGGUCAGGUUUCGUCCCUGCUGCUGUUCCACCCAUCCCCUGCAUUUUCCUCAACCCCUGGCGGAGCGAGCAGCCCGGCUCUGUCACCAGCACCGUCCCAGAGAAAACAGUGAUGAAUUUCUUCUCUCGCAUGUUUGCUGGUUCCAGAGUUCCAGAGAGUGUCGCGAGGGAGUAUACGUCCAUCAAGUUUCUGUGGUCAAAGAGCCUCCCUGAUCAUGGGGUGAUUUUCGAGGAGGUGUCGGAGCAAGAUUUGCAGCCUGGGGACAUCGUGCUUUUCCCCAUGAUGAGCAGCUAUAAAAUGUGCAGCAAAGUCUUCCAACAUGCAGCUGUCUACUGCAGGGAUGGAGAGGUCAUACACUUCCUGGUUGGAAGCGAUACAACCUCAUUGGGUCAGAUCAGCGGUUUCACAUAUGAGGGUAUGAUUGUCAAGUCAGGCUUCAUAGCCCUGAAAAAUAAAAGAGGGAAAUGCAAGAUUUACCGGAAAAAAGGUGGGGUCAAUCGCAAUGACCUCGAUAGUGAAGUCGAGAAAGCGAUGAACAGCGAAGCCAAGUAUUCCCUCUAUAAAAACAACUGCAUCCACUUCGCCCUCUCCCUCCUGGGACUGGAGGAGUUCUACUCAGAACUGGUGCAAAUCCAAGAUGAAGGUGACAGCAGCCGUAGUGGUGGGGCUAAAAACCACAUACAUGGGGAGAUUUCAGAGAAGGGGCCGGAGAGAAAUUUGCCACCUGGGAACAUCGUGUCCUUCCCCUUGGAGAGCAGCUCUGAAAAGCACAGCAAUGUCUUCAAACAUGCAGCUGUCUACUGCGGAUCUGGAGAGGUCGCAAAAUUCCAGGACUCAGGCACCCAGAGCACAGAGGAUCUGAUCAGCAGUCAGAAGUGUCGGGGUGAGAUUGUGCGAGCACGCGGCUGAGGAAAACAUGCAGGCCGACUCAGUGCCACCUCAAGCCUCCCCAGCCGGCUGGGGCAGUGGAGCAGCCACACGGCGUGAGAGGUGGCAGACAUGUGUUCCCCUAGGACGACCCCCCCGACCCACAGAGGAGCCUCAGCAUUGCCCCGCGCACCCCAACAACUCGCCCAGGGAAGGAGCUUUUCUUUGGGAGGGUGGGGGACGUUGCUUUCUGCUUCCUGGAGCUUAAUUGCCAUGAGCUAAUCUGAUGUUUUCUUGAACUUUGUUACCUGAGAAGUGCCUGAUUUUACCUACAGCCUCAGUCCUGCCUGAUGGGCUGAGAGAGCUGCCCGGCUGCCACCAGCCUCUGGGGUCUUGUCUGCCCAGGAUAUUAAUGAGUGAAACACCGGCCAGUAUCAGUAUCACCAGUGAAGAACAGUAAUAACAGCAACAAUCAGCAGCUAUAUAAUAAAAUAAAUAAUGCAAUAGAAAAUAUAA